CACAGACACCUGAGAUAUCAGGCCACCACAGGACCGCACUAACCAAACUAGAAUUGCGCACUAACCUUAUCAGGCAACCACCUGAACUCGCAUCCUUCGAUCUUUGAAUCUUCAUCUUGAUAUCACAUCAAUUCAUUGACCUGCCCUCCUGACCAGAUACAUAUACCUCAAUUACACCAAAUACCUCCGACAUCAAUCCCUCGACUCAAUCAACUCCACCUCCAAAUUCAUCCCCCAAACCAAUCCAACCGAACAUCCUCACCCUCAUCUCAACCCAUAACCACAACCACAACCACAACCACACCAACCACCAAGCCGAAUCCUAAACCAACCAAACCCAAAGAAGCAAAAAUGUCAACAUCCGACACCCAAACCCCACCCCAACAACAACAACAACAACAACAACCUCUCGAAACCGAACCCCAAAAACCCACCCUCCCCAUGCACACUAACCACUGCCGCUUCUGCAACCACCUCCUCCUCGCAACAACACACAGUACAUCGUCUCUGCCCCGCCGAAAAGAACCCGCUCGAGAUGGCGCGCUGAUACUCCCUCUUCCUUCUCCUUCUACGUCUACAUCUACGACUACAGCUACAGCUACAUCGACAUCGACAGACAAGGACAAGGAGACGAGUACCGGGUCUUCGGAUGCGAACGAAACAGGACAGACGCAGACGCAUUACUCGAUUCUGCUGUCGACGGCGGUGCCGGAUCGGCGGGCGACGAUGGUGCGACGCGAAGAUGGGUUCGAGAAGAGGUGGUUUGUCCGAUGUGGGCGCUGUCGCGUCGUGGUGGGGUAUUUUCUAGAUGCGGUGCAUUUUCCGGCUGCGGAUAAGGGCCAAGAAAGGCUGGAGGAAGAGGAAGAGGAAGCAGAAAGAGCCAAGGUGGUUUACUUGCUGCCCGGGGCGUUGGUCGAGACCGAGGACAUGGGACAUCCGGAGAAGAUGAAGGCCAUUGAUCGAGAGUGGUCGGGGUGGAUUCCUUAGAAGACACUAGAUCCAUGAAACUGUACCAUGAAACUGUAUUCUGAACUACACGC